UGAUCAGCUGUUUUAUGCGGCACUUUGCUUCCAAUUUUGCGAAAUAGAUUUUACGUAAAAAAGUGAAGAUAAAUUUUCAAGAAACAAAUAUAUUAUUGAAAUAUAUUAUAGAUUUUUAUUUAAAUAAAAUGUUAAAACACUCCCAACGUUUUUUAACAACUAUUGGCAGAAGCACAAUCAUUCAAUAUAAUGGCGUAAACUCUGUCCGAAAUUCAUUACAAAUACAACGUCGUUUCGCCGCUACAACUGAUCCAACGAAAGGCAAAGGUCCUAUAUCUUGGAAAAGUUUAGCAGUUAUCGGUGCGGUGGGUUCAAUAGGCUUAGCUUUUAUGUUGUAUGUUAAGAAAGAAAAGGAAGAUGCCUUAAUGCGUGAAAGAAAGCGACAAUUGGGUAAAGCAGCAAUUGGUGGACGUUGGGAAUUAAUUGAUGAUAAGGGUAUUUUACGUAAAUCUGAAGAAUUCCUCGGCAAAUGGUUACUAAUUUAUUUUGGUUUUACACAUUGUCCUGAUAUAUGCCCUGAUGAAUUAGAAAAAAUGGCUGGAGUUGUCGAUGAUAUAGACAAAUCUCCUAAUAUGCCAAAUAUUCAACCAAUAUUCAUUACUGUUGACCCAGAACGCGAUACCAAAGAAAUUGUUGGAAAAUAUGUUAAGGAGUUUUCUCCUAAGCUAUUGGGCUUGACUGGCACUGUAGAGCAAAUACGGAAUGUUUGUAAAGCUUUUCGUGUUUAUUUUAGUGCCGGACCACGUGACACAGAUAAUGAUUAUAUAGUCGAUCACACUAUUAUUAUGUAUUUGGUUAAUCCGGACGGUGAAUUUGUUGACUAUUAUGGCCAAAAUCGUGAUAAGGAUCAAUGUGUGAGCUCAAUUUUAGUAAACAUGUCCAAAUGGGAUCAAAUGAAUAAGAAAUCAUGGUUUAGCUAAAAUGUACAUAUUUUUACAUUGAUUUGUAAUUUACUUAAUUUAUAUUAUUAAAUUUAUAUUAUUAAUAUUAUGUUAUAUACAAAUGAAAUUGUUGCAUUUAACUUACCU